CGUCAGUACAGCGCGACGCACAUGUUGAGGUGAAAGUGCGAGCUGCCAUUUUUUCAUCAAUUAGUUCAGCAAAAAGAUAACGAGCUACGUGAGGCUCCACCGUGACGUUUAUCGUUUUGUUAACCGGGUUUUCGUGCCGAACAGCUCGGAGCUCUUUCGGUUUAGAGCGGGGUCGUGGUGAGUCUGCUCCCAAGGAGGCGCAACAGCACGCGGACAUGUCAUCGUUCUCCGAGGCGGCCCUGGAAAAGAAGCUGUCGGAGCUGAGCAGCUCUCAGCAGAGCGUCCAGACGCUGUCCUUGUGGAUCAUCCAUCACCGAAAACAUUCGGGCCUCAUCGUCAAAGUGUGGCACAGAGAACUCAAGAAAGCUAAAACCAGCAGGAAGCUGACGUUCCUCUAUCUGGCCAAUGAUGUCAUCCAAAACAGCAAGAAGAAAGGACCCGAAUUCACCAAAGACUUUGAGUCGGUCCUCAUUGAUGCCUGCUCUCACGUCGCCAGUGAAGUGGACGAGAGCUGCAAAAAGCACAUGGAGAGACUCCUGAACAUCUGGAAGGAGCGCAACCUUUACAGAAGCGACUUUAUUCAGCAGCUCACUCUAGCCAUCGAAGACUCCAACAGCCCACAGCCUACAGUCGAAGAAAAGAAACCGGUGAAACGAACCUAUCAGAAGAUCCAGCAAGAGGAAGAGGAUGAAGAGGAUGACGACUACAGAAGCAUCACAUCUCCUCGCAACACGGACGCCUCUGCUAAUCAGCUGACAGAGGAGCUGGUGAAAGCACUGCAAGACUUGGAAAACGCCGCUUCCGGAGAUGCAGCUGUACGACAGAAAAUCGCCUCGUUGCCGCAGGAGGUCCAAGACGUCUCACUACUGGAAAAAAUAACUGACAAGGAGGCAGCAGACAAUCUGUCCAAGACGGUGGACGAAGCAUGUCUGCUGCUGGCAGAGUACAAUGGCCGCCUAGCGGCAGAACUGGAAGACCGCAGGCAGCUGGCUCGCAUGUUGACUGACUACAUUGGCAGCCAGAAGGAGGCGCUGGUGGAACGAGAGAAGAAGCUAGAGGAAUACAAGCAGAAGUUGGCCCGGGUGACCCAGGUGAGGAAGGAGCUCAAGUCGCACAUCCAGAGUCUGCCUGACCUCUCCCUUCUUCCCAACGUAACCGGCGGUCUGGCCCCGCUCCCUUCAGCCGGUGACCUCUUCUCCACUGACUGAAUGGUGGAACUCAGACUAGCAACCCCCUUGUGCCCUCCCACACCCGCCUAUCAAAAUACACCUUCAGCAUAACAAUCGCAGGCCGUGCUGCCGCCUGUGGUCCGAUGAGGUCAACAAGUACCAGCGGGGAACACGGGGUCGAGGUGGGGACAAUAAUGUUAGGUUUGGCAAAAUGGCAGAAAUUUGCAGAGAGAACAGAGACUCUCAGCCUGGAUUUUUCUCGCUUAGUUUCUACGCCAGCAGCUUGGAAUUAGUUCUUUACCAUUUGUUUUUAAUUAUUAUUUUGUAUUUGUAAUAACGUCAAUUCAAAAUGAAUGAGGCAGAGCUUGGUAGACCAGGGUUACGGUUGUCAAGUGGCGUAGGUGGUGCUGUUUCUGUUACCUGAAAUCCGCAUGCUGAAUUGGCCCUAUUAAAGUUUGUGGCUACCCUGUGAUAACAAGCUACAAUUAAUGAGUUGUAUUUUUGGUUUCUUUGAAAUGAUUCAAAAGGGAGGGACAGAAUUGUUGUGGCGAUGUGAAUUGCAAGUAGGCAUUUUUCAAAUUUUCUCAUCUCUUUGCUAGGCGAAGGAGUCUUUACUGUGUUAAACCAUUGGGUCAUUUCGAUGGGAAGAAAUGUGAAGCUACUUUGACACCUCCUCCCGAAAGACAAGAAAUAUCAAUAGCUUCUAUCAAGUUAGUUUAGAAUUGUUUCUAAAAAGUCAGAAAUAAUGCAAUCCUCACUACAUAUUGCUCCAGUCGUGAUGAAACAACUAGGUUUGUUACGCCGCUAUUUAGGGUCAGUGCGAGUGAAGUUGAUGGUUUUGUUUUGUGCAGCUCACUUUUAAUUUUGACUUGUCAGCAAACUAAAAAAAGGUUUUGGAUGUCAGAAUGCCAGGAGUGUGCAGCUUUCACAAUGUUUGCUAAACCAAAGGGUGUCUGUGUGUUUUUAAAAAUUCUUUGAUGGGCUUCACAAGCACAUUCUUGACAUUUGUAGUCAACUAAAAAGAACUUGUGUGAAAAGGUAUAUAUGUCCAUGCAGCCACUGGAAGCCAAGAAGGACUGAAGAAACAACAUUGUUUAGUUUCAUCGGCUCUUGCCCUCACACUGUGCAGUCUGAAUUUUUCUCUGCAUUAACCGCAUUGUACAGACCGGAGUCCUACCAGUAGGGUAGUUUUAUUUCUGUAAUGAAAGUGAUUCAAUGGAUGCCAAUAAACUGCAACCAUUUGAACAGAAUACAUGUCU